AUGUUGUUGUCCAUCCACGCCGUUGUCGUUACGUUCCUCGGCAUAUGUGCGUCAUUGAGCGCAGCCACACCGCUUCAUCUUCGUGACGAUCAUAUCGGGGCACCACAAGAUGCAACGUUCGACUACAUUGUUGUCGGUGGUGGCACCACAGGCUUAACCGUAGCGGCCAGGCUCUCAGAGCACGCAUCAGUCGCAGUUAUUGAAGCUGGAGGCUACUACCAAAUUACGUACGGCAACAACAGUGUUGUCCCAUUAUAUUCCCUAACGAGAAUCGAUGCCAUCGAUCCGAGCCCUCAAUUUCCUCGCCGCCCGGAAAUCGACUGGGAGCUCGUCACAGUUCCUCAAACCAAUGCUUUCAACCGAACUGUUCACUAUGCUCAAGGAAAGACUCUGGGUGGUUCCAGUGCCUUCAAUACCAUGUCUUACCUGCGCUCCACCUCUAGCGCGUAUCAACGAUGGGCAUCUAUGGUCGGAGAUAAUGACUAUACGUUUAAGAGCCUACUGCCAUUCUUUAAGAAAUCAGUGCGUCUUACGCCGCCGAAUCUUGAGAAGCGUAACUCGGCGAAUGCUACUCCAGAGUAUGAUCCCUCCGCAUAUGGAGACGGUUCUCCCUUGGAUGUUUCCUGGAACAACUUCGUUGACCCCACACUCACAUGGCUAGCGAAGAGUCUUCAGGCAAUAGGGAUCCCCAUCAACCCGAAGGGCUUUAGUAGCGGAGAGCUCAAGGGCGGUGCGUGGCUUCCGUCGACCAUUGAUCCAGCCCACGCCACACGUGAGUCCUCGCAAACCUCGUUCCUAGACUAUGCCGAUGCGAACACGCAAAUCAAGGUCUAUCCGUACAGUAUUGCUGUGAGAGUUCUCUUUGAAAAUGAAACAGCUACUGGCGUCUCCGUCGACACGAACGGAACUAUCUAUACCUUGAGUGCAACGAAAGAAGUCAUCGUUUCGGCUGGUGUAUUUAAUAGUCCUAAAUUGCUCAUGCUCUCAGGCAUCGGCCCCACAGAAGUACUCACCUCAUUUGACAUACCCGUCGUAGCCAAUCUGCCCGGUGUGGGACAGAACUUACAGGACCCCACGUCCAUCAACGUCGCAAAUUUCGUAAACACGCCAAAUGCACAGUCGAUCGUUGCAAAUCCAGCCACCGAGCCCGAAGCACUACGAAAAUACGUCGAGGAGGCUGCGGGGCCGUACAGCUCAGCCGCAGGCUACAUCUCCUACGAGCGGCUGCCAGAUGAUUUGCGACAGACGCUCCCGCCAGCGACGCUGGCUAAAUUUGACAACUUCCCGUCUGAUUUCCCAGACAGCCAGUACAUCGUGGGCACGUUCGUGAUGGCGAACGGUAGCUCGAUGGGGGCCAUUAGCUCAACGUUUACGAGGACCUUCUCUCGCGGCAGCGUGACUCUCGCGAGCGCAGACUACAAGGACAACCCGCUCAUCGAUCUUGGAUGGUUCAGCGAUCCUGCCGAUGCAGAUGUGCUUAUUGCAGGAGUCAAGCGAGUACGACAAGCUUGGUCGUCGGAGCCUGCUCUAACCAUUCGGUUGGGGGCCGAAGUGCUUCCCGGUGACACAGUCGAUACGGACGAAGAGAUUCUGAGUUACAUCAAGAACAAUGGAAAUCAACUCUGGCAUGCCAGCUCAACUUGUUCUAUGGGGAAGGCAGGCGAUAAGAGUGCUGUGGUUGAUUCAAAGGGAAGAGUAUUCGGUGUCAAAGGUUUAAGAGUAGCAGAUUUAUCUGUGGUUCCAUAUGCACUGCCUGGCCAUUGUCAAGCAAAUGCGUAUGCCCUUGGUGAGAAGAUCGCUCGAGAUAUCAUUGAUGCACGAUGA